GAUGCCAGUUUAGAGCCACCAAACAAAAGAGUUGUGAAUACAUAAAAGAAAGCGAGAACUAAACAUAGAAAGUACAGCAAUUAGUAGAGAUUUUUAAACAUUUUAAUCAAAUUUUGAAACGAGCUUCGACACACACACACAACAGGCAACACACACAAGACACACUCCUCUAAGACAUGCCUACAUAAAAACCACACACGAGGCGAACAUUAUCCUUAACCUUAACCAGAGCAGGAGCCAAAAGUGCCACGGUUACGGCUGGGGCUUGCUUGCAAUAGAAACCGAACAAGAACAAUCAAAUUACAGCACACACACACACAGAGACGAACGUUGAGCGGGGCUUUGGCACUGUGCCAGCGCCUAAAUUUAUACAAAUUUUGGACCUCCAAGGCGGAGGCUCAGUGGCAUACAAGGACGGCGACGACCUUCGCGUGUGCAAGCGUCGGCGGUUGCACAAUAAAGGACGCCACACACACACAAACACAACACAACACAACACAAACUUACAGACACACAUAAGAAGUAGCCUUAGACAUAUAGGAAAGCCACACGAGUAGAGCGCCAUGACCGGAAGUGAGCUACGGUCACGUCCACUGGCCUUUGCAUAACAAUCAGCGGCUGAAGGAGCAGCAAGAGCAACAGCAGGGGAACAUAACCAAAAGAAAGGGCAACUUUCACUCACUGUGGCUGUGCAAAAAUGCAGGAAAUGAGCUACCUGCAGGAUAAUUCCAAAGUGGAGGCCCUCACCAAAGCCGUGCUCAUCUCCAUACUGGGCGUGGCGAUAGUGCUCUCCAAUCUGCUCAUCAUUGCCACCUAUGCCAAUUUCAAGGGUCCCACAGAGGUUAUCAAUUAUUAUCUGCUAUCGCUGGCCAUAGCCGAUCUGCUAUGCGGCCUUCUGGUUGUGCCGUUCUCCGUGUAUCCUGCGCUCACGGGCGAAUGGAUGUACGGGGAUAUCUUGUGCCGCUUUACGGGCUAUCUGGAGGUGACCCUGUGGGCGGUGUCAGUCUACACAUUCAUGUGGAUCUCGGUGGAUCGCUAUUUGGCGGUGCGCAAACCUCUGCGCUAUGAAACGGUGCAGACAAAGACGCGCUGCCAGUGCUGGAUGGUGUUCACAUGGAUAUCCGCUGGAUUGCUCUGCUGCCCGCCGAUACUCGGCUAUACGAAGCCGAUAGAGAAUAAUCUGUCGCACAUUUGCAUGCUGGAUUGGGGCAACAUGGCGGCGUACAGUGCCACAUUGGCGAUAUUAGUUUUAGGUCCCAGCCUCAUAUCGAUCGUACACAAUUAUGGCUAUAUCUUUGUGAUGAUGCGUAAAAUAAGAUCGGGCGAGCCAAUACACGAUAAAGAAUAUGCAACUGCUCUGGCUGAAAAUUUGUCAAACCCUAGUCAUAUGAUGUCAUUCGCAUUAGUCUUUGCAUUCUGGAUGUCCUGGCUGCCAUGGAUCUCAGUGAGGCUGUAUGAGGUGGUCACGGGCGAUGUUAUCCAAAGUACUCUUAUCAAUUUCGCAGUCGUUUGGAUUGGCAUAUUGAAUUCAUUCUGGAAAAUUGUAAUCAUGACCAGCAUGUCGCCGCAAUUUCGUAUCGCUUUGAGAGUAUUUUGCUUAACCAUUUGUUGUAAGACUAAGGGCCGUUUGCAAGCUGAACUAAUCGGGUUGGACCCAGAUGACUAGAGUUAGAUUUCGAUUUUCAUUACCUCAAAUCCCAGUGCCCCACUUCAAGCAGAAUUCCCACAAACAACACCCCUCUCCCCCCAUCCCUGUAAAGCAAACUUCAAGUAUUUCCCGCAAGUAAUAAUUGGUUGUAACUUUGCAUCUUUGAACCACUCUCUCUCUCUCUCUCUCUCGCUCUCUCUGGGUCUGUCUUUUUGCGAUAAAAGAGCACAGAGCAGAGUUGGGCCCACACACUCCUCUCUCCUUACUUGCUAUCUUGCCAUAUAGUUGCAUAUUUACGAAGGCCCGUUUGGCAAUACGUGACAUAAUGAAAUGAAUGCCAACACAACAACAACUUCACUUCACUCUACAACAGCACUCUCAACCACAGCCACACAGCCACAGACACGACCACGAAAGACAUUUUCAUACAUCCUCCCCCCUCUAUAGACUGUAAGCUAGUCGUAAGAGUUUUUAGCGGCAUAACUAAUUAUGAUUGAUUGAUUGAUUGAUUAUGUGUAUUGUGUAUUUAUGAGCUUAACGAAAGUAUAUUGCUAUAGGCCUAAGUAUAUUCAAUUGACUUAGCGUGAGGUUUACGGUUCAACUAGAGUCUUGCUAAACAAACAAACAAAAAUCAUAGCGCUGCUUACAUAACAACUAUAAACCACUUACUAGACUAUGUUUAGAAUACUUCAAGUUCUACAAGUAAAAGAGCAGAGAAUCCUUUUUCAAAGUCCAUAUUAAGUAGCAUUUAGUAUUUUACAGAAACAAAACAAACCAACAAUCGUGUAGCGUUUAUUACAGAUUAAACAAUUUGCCAAAAACAAUGCCGAACAGAGUCACAACAAAUUUAAAUUUGAACUCUUUGCACGCUUCGAAUGGGAAAAUAAUCAGUGGCAGAACAAAUUAUAUAAUUCAGUAAUUAAUUCCCCUACCACAACAAAACAAGCAAAGACAUUUCCAAUAGCUCGUAGCAAAUGAGUAACUAUACGAAGUAAAUUGUAGUUAAAUGUAAGCCAGAGGGCAAGUUUCGGUCACCGUGCUCAGGGGCGCAGCUCUGGCCGGGGGCACAACAGACUGUUGCAAUUUUGCCUAGUUCCCUUAGUGGGUUAAAUUCAGUUUCCCCGCCCCGGCCGGCGAUGCGCCCCCGGGCCAACAUUGCGGGUUGCCAACAAAAAGCCCCCCAAACCUUGUGUAUAUUCUGUUGUAUAUUUAAGUUUAUGUUAUUUAAUUUUACCAAGUUAUCGAUUUGUAAAUGGGGGGACGGGACGGCAUUGAAGCGUAUUAAUAAUGAAUGCAGUAAAUAAAUGCAAAAACUUGAUAAUGUA